AUGACUCACCAACACCUUCAUACGUUUCAACUUAAUGUUCCCAAUUCUGAUAGUUUAAAGCAGAAGCCACAAGAAAUUUCUGGAGUUCAUGUUACCAACUUCGUUGGUGCCGCCGGGGCUUCGGAGUGUGUUGUUUGGGAGUGCUACGUUGGAGCGAGUUGGUUGAGUUUUGUGGAAGGGAGGGUGGUGGUGAUGCUUGCUGAGGUGGCGUUUGGGGUACUUGUUCGGAGGGUCUUAGACCUCAUGAAGAAGCUCCGGGUGACGGAAGUUCGGUAUCAUAGGGACUUGUUUUUUGCUAUUGUUGAGUCCAAGGCUUCUUUUGGGUUGUCGUAUUUGAAGGAGUUUCCUUACAACAUUGAGAAUUUUAAGUCUUCUUCAUGGAUUCCUGCAAUAUCCGUGGCGGCUCAAGCUGGUUUCGUUGGUUGGUAA